AUAGGCUAUUUCAAUGGCCCCUCUCUGGGCUUUGCUAUGGGCGCUGCCUCUUGCGUCGCUGGCGGCACGCGUGGCGGUGGUCCAGUCUCUACUGGAGAGGCGAAACGCGCUUGGCUCUGAGGAGCCGCCGGAGAUUGAAGAUGACCCGCCGCUGCCGGAGCAGUGGGAGAAGAAGAUCCGAGUGCUGGAGCCCUUGGGUCAGGGCGGCUUCGGCCGUGUCUUCAAGGCCCAGGUGAUCUGCGAGGAAUCCGCUGCUAGCGCUUCCGCGCUGGUGGCCAUGAAGGUGAUGCACAACCAGCGCUCCUCCCACGAGGAGGUAGAAGCCCUGCGGGAUAUGCGAGGCGCUAGCUGGUACUGCGCCGGCGCUGUGGGCCGGCCGGGCCACGUGAAGUUCGAAGGUCAACACUAUGCACUGAUGCCCUUCAUGAACAAAGGGGAUCUGCACGAGGUGCUCAAGAACUGCUACCACAGCCACGCCUGCCGAUGCAACAGGCAGCCGGGAGAGGAGCUUUGCUGGGAGGCCCUUGGCCGUCCCUUCAGCCUGGACAUGGUGCUGGCGCUCUUCCUUCAAGUCAUGAAAGGUGUAAGAGCCAUGCACGAGCAUCACAUCGUGCACAUGGACUUGAAGCCUGAGAACGUCAUGCUGCACUGCACCGACGGGCACUGCUACGCGCGCGUGGUGGACCUUGGGCUGAGCUGCCGCAGCGGUCGCAACUGCCACUCUCUGGGCACGGUCGGCUACAUCGCCCCAGAGGUUUGGAAAGGUGUGCGCGUGGGCGUCCCGGCGAACGACGUGUUCUCCUUAGGCGUCAUCCUGUACAUGCUGGUGGUGGGGCACCCGCCGCCCUUCCACGGUGACCGCGACGGGGAAAGCACCACGCACUACAAGCCACACCUGGAUCGAUACAUCAGGCCUUGGUUCCAGCGGCCCCUGGGCCAUUUGAUGGCGAAGAUGCUGAACCUCAGGCCCCUUCGACGGAUUCCCCUGGAGAGGGCCAUUGACGAGUUGAAGGGGAUCCUGCUGAACCGCAACCUGAGCCAGGAAAUCCUGCAGAUGAUGGAGCACAAUCCGGAGGAGACAGGCGCUAUGCACCCCUUGCCCCAGUGUCUGGAGAAGGACGCAGGUGCCAGAAAAAGCCUCACGGGCCUACUGGGACUCCUUGCUCUUUCUGCACUGAUCUUCCAAUAGAGCGUUCAGCUCGCUUCCGGCGCCGCAUGCGCCGCAUGCGCGCGGAAUGGACUUGGUAUGGUCCAAGUCAUUUGGAACAUUGGCGGAGCUGCGUUUGGCAAGGCCAAGUUACCUGACCUCCUCAAGGGGGCUGCUACGGAUCCGUUUUGGUCGAUAAAAUCAUUCUAGUGGUUCACUCAGAUGACAGUUAGCCAGUUGGGAGUGAGCUGCCCAGAUGAGAGAUUGCCAAUUCUGGUAGUGUUGCAUCCAAGAUUCCAAGGAUUUUACUCUGCUAGGUCCUCCAGUAGUGC